AUGAAGUUCAAAUCGGCUGCUGGCACGAACGUUGCCGACGGCAUCGCCACCGCGGAACCCCCUGCCCCCGCUGGAGGCAAGAAGGCCCGCGAGCCUAAGAGAACAAAAAUCUUCCUUCGAAACCUGUCAGAGGAUACUACCUCCAUGGAUUUGGAGGAGCUUUUCAGCGACGUCGGUCCCAUCCGUCGUGCCUUCGUGAUCACCAAGAAGGGCGAACGCAAGUGCUCCGGACAGGGCUAUGUGCAGUUCGUCAUGGAGUCUGAUGCUGCGGCAGCGGUGCGCCAGUACUCAGGCAAGCCAUUCAAGGGCAGCAGAGUCCUCAUCGAAGUUGCCAAGCCUCGUGUGCGCGAUGAAAAGGAAAAGAGACAGCCAAAGAAGCCCGUAGAGGAAGUGAAGCAGGAGGACCAAGACGAUGAGGGUGCCCUGAAGGACGAUGGUUACGACAUCACCAAGGAGGACGAAAUCGGCAAGAACGAGCCCAAGCCCGUCCCCACGCCUGUCGCCAAGCCCAUUGCCAAGCCCGUCGCCAAGCCCGCGCCCCCACCGAAGCGGGAGCAGCGAAAGCCCGCCCCCGCUCCGCUUCCCAAGCGCGAGCCGCCUCCCAAAGUUGAAAAGAAGGUGGUGAUCGUGAGCGGUCUGCCCACGUCGGUCGACGAAAAGGCGCUGGAGAAGGUGCUGAGGAAGUAUGGCCCGAUUACCAGCAUCACCUACCCUCUCGGCAAGGAGAACACCGUCAUCGCUCACGUGGAGUUCAAGGACGCCAAGUUUGCCGAGCGGGCCUCCAAGAAGUGCGUGAACGUGCCUCUGGGAGACCGCACGAUCUCUGCUUCAUUCAAGCCGGAGAAGAGGGACGGCCGUCUCAUCAUCCGCAACCUGCCGUUCCAGGCCACCGAGGCUGAUCUGAGCGAGAAGUUCGCCGCCCACGGCAAGCUCGUCGACGUGAUCAUUCCCAAGAACAAGGAAACCGGCAAUCCCCGCGGUUUUGGAUUCGUCGAGUUCUUCACGAAGGAGGAAGCGGCCAAUGCGCUCGAGAAAGUGAACGCACAGCCGAUCCGAGGUCGCCGGGUCGCUGUGGAUUGGUGUUUGGCGAGGGAGAGCUACCUGAAGCACGUCAUUGAAGAAGAGGUCAAGGCCAAGUCGGACAAGAAGGACGGCGAGAAAAAGAAGGCCGUCAAGAAGGAAGAGGUCGACGAGGAGGACCAGAAGACGAAGAAGCCGAAGGUGGAAAACUUGGACGAAGAUGAGAGCGAUGAAGACGGCGACAGUGAAAGCGAUGAAGACGACGACGACGACGACAACAGUGAAGAUAUGGAUGAAAGCGCCGACAGUGACGACAGCGAGGAAGAGGGAAGCGAGGACGACGAUGACGAAGAGCUGGAUAGCGAUGCUAUGGUCGAAGUGAAGCAAGAGAAGGAGGACGAUGACGAUACCGUCCCCGUGAAGAGCGAGGCUCCUGCUGAGGUGGAAGCGGGAACGACCCUCUUCAUUCGCAACCUGCCCUUCGGCGCCACCGUGCAAGACCUGCGUGCCAAGUUUGCCGAGUUUGGCCGUAUUCGAUACUGUGCCCUGGUGAAGGACAAGGUGACCGGCAUGGCCCGUGGCUCGGCCUUCCUCCAGUUCGCCGAGAAGGCUUCCGCCGACUCCCUGCUCGCUCAGGUUGCACUGUUUGCGAGUCAGUUCGCGGCUGCGGCCGCUGCUGAACCGCAAGCGGCGACCACCACCAGUUCGACUACGACCUCCACGCCGUCGGCCUCGCAGCCCAAGGCCGUGCUGUCCGCCACCGUGGGCAAGAGCGGCAUCUUCAUGGAGGGCCGCGAAUUGCAGAUCGACAGAGCUGUGGACAAGGGCACCGCGAACCAAUUCACCACCGCAACAAAGAAGGAGACCGAGGAGCGCGACAAGCGUAAUCUCUAUCUGGCGACCGAAGGAUAUAUUUCGCCCGAGAUGGGCGAGCAGAUGGGGCUCAGCAAGAUGGAGAUCGCACGGAGAGAUGAAGCCAUGCGGGCCAAGAAGCAGAAGCUCAAGAAUCCCAACUUCUUCGUAUCGAAGACGCGUCUGUCGGUGCGCAAUCUGCCCAAGAGCGUGACCGACAAGCAGCUGAAGAAGCUCUUCCUCGAUGCCGUGGCCACUGCACCCGCCGCUGCCGAGCCGGGCUUCAAGAAGGACGUCCGCAUCAAGCAGGUGAAAAUCGUGAUGGGCGAGAACGAGCGAUCGAAGGGCUUCGGUUUCGUCGAGUUCGAGGACCACGACCACGCGCUGAUCGGUCUGCGCGAGGUCAACAACAGCCCCAAGUAUUUUGGCGAGAAGCGGCGCCUGCUGGUGGAGUUUGCUCUCGAGGACAAGCGGGUGGUGGAGGGCCGGCAGAAGCGACUGCAGCUCCAGCAGGUCAAGCAGAAGAAGCUCCGCGCGCUCGAUGAGCAGGAGGCCCGCGACGGAACCGCCAAGCGGAAGCCCGCGGCGCAGGCGCAGGCGCAGCAGCAGAAGGGCGGCAACAAGAAGGCCCCGAACAGCGCUGCCUCGCCACAGAAGCCGAAGCCACAGCCACAGCAGCCGGCCGGCCAGAAGCGAAAGAGGGAGGACAGCAACAACGGCAGCGGCAACAACAAGAAGGCUGCGGUCAAGAAUGACAACAAGGCGGGCAAGGAGGGAGCGCGCCAGCAGAAGAAGCAGAAGGUGGCGCCGCCGCAGCAGCAGCAGGACGAGAAGAGCCAGCCGCAGCGGAAGAGGGCGCGAGAGGUCGAGGCUGACGCUCUGCCAGCGCUGAGCAGGAAGGCGCGUGCCGCCGUCAAGAAGAGGAAGGACAUCGAUGCCCUCGACUCCAUGGUGACCCAGUACAAGGAGCGUCUCUUUGCCUCUCCAGUCGCCAAGGAAGCCACGAAGAGAUGGUUCGAAUAA